ACCUGUUCAACCCGCCAACCACUUAAGAAGAAGCAAAAAGAGUGUCUUGAGUUGGUGAUUGAGAAAGGAUUUGCCUCAGAAAGCCAUAAACUACCCAAGAACAUUAAGUGAGGAACUAUGGUUCUUCCCAGCAGUGGCUUACUAGGAAAGAAAUUCCCUGCUAAGCAGGGUAUGGAUGUACAAUGGACAAAUCCUUUCAGCUUUACUUCCAGUUUUAUAUCUAAAGCCAGUAUCAGCCCUUUAAGGUAGCCCAGCUUAGGAAACAGAUUCCACAAGGACUACUGGAAACUUACUUCAUGGUUGCAGAAUAUAAUAACACAGUCUUGACAGCCUGAUGAAGAGAUUCUCUUUCCAUGCUCUUAUUAUAAAGUAAAUCAAGGCGAGACAAUCUUGAGGUGUUUUUUUUUUCCUCACUCCUUCCAGAGGGCUAAGCUAGUGUCUGCUUAGCUAUUGUUGAAUUUUUUCUUCCAUGGCAACUCCAUGUUCCUCUUCACCAAUGGCUAUUCAGUUCAAGGGCUUUGCACUUUAGGUCAACUGGUGGAUCUGUGACAUGAUUUUAAAAAGUGACUAUGAAAGUCAGGAUCUGGUCUCCUUCACAGCCCAAAGAGGAUCAAGAGGGCAAGAUAAUAUAUUGGUCAGGAGCUGGAUGAAAAGGGGUGUUCUAACAGGAAAUAGGCAGGAUCAGUUGGAGCCACAAGCUUGCCUACACAUCAUUUCAGAUCUCCUCCUCCAAGUAUUUCAACAUAACCAGCAUUUCUGACAUGCCAUAUCUGGAGGGAAGAGAGGAAACACAGCUUCCAGAGCAGAACAUCUAAAGCUGUCUUCAGGCUGCCGCAUUUAUGAGGCUACAGAAGUGCUAUACCUGGAACCAGUAAUGGGCUGGAUGAGAGCCAGAUUAAAGUUUAAUUUCAACACAUUGAAGAUUCUGUAGGUUGAUUUUUCCCCUUUCAGUGUGGGACAAACUGUGAUCAGAUUAUGUACAAUGGGACUACGAAUUCAUUUUGUUGUUGACCCUCAGGGCUGGUUCUGUAUGGGCCUGAUAAUCUUUGUCUGGCUUUACAAUAUUCUCUUCAUUCCAAAAAUUAUCCUCUUUCCACACUACGAAGAAGGGCAUAUAUCUGCAGCUGCUAUACUAUGCUACUAUCUAUUUUCAUUGUUCUGUAUUGCCUCAUUGUUAAGAGCUUCGGUAGCAGAUCCAGGGAGAUUACCUGAAAGCCCAAAGAUACCAAUUACAGAAAAAGACUCUUGGGAAUUAUGUAACAAGUGUAAUAUGAUGAGACCAAAGCGUUCCCAUCACUGCAGUAGAUGUGGGCACUGUGUUAGGAGAAUGGAUCAUCACUGUCCAUGGAUUAAUAAUUGUGUUGGUGAAGAUAAUCAUUGGCUGUUUCUGCAGUUGUGCUUUUACACAGAACUCCUGAGUUCUUACACACUCCUACUUGAUUUCUGCCACUAUUAUUACUUUGAACCACUAAGAAAAGUUAAUGCGGAUGUUUUUGUGUUUAGACAUGAGCUUGCCCUAACAAGAAUAUCAACAUUCAUGGGUAUAAUUAUGUUAGUUGGAAUUACUGGACUCUUUUAUACUCAGCUAAUUGGUAUAUUUAAUGACAUUACAAGUAUAGAAAAACUGGCCAACUGUUGUGAAGAAAUAUCAAGACCUCGAAAGCCAUGGCAGCAGACCUUCUCAGAAGUUUUUGGCACUCGCUGGAAGAUCCUGUGGUUUAUUCCUUUCAGGCAAAGGCAACCACUGCGCGUUCCCUACCACUUUGCCAAUCACGUCUAAACAGAUGGAUGGUAGGCACAGAUGGGUUCUCCAUGCUGGAUGUGUGUUGCAGGUUUUGUGAUAAUAGAACUAUGGCACUUCUAAAGUCAAUUAAAAUCUACCCACCAAUCUUAGACGUCACAACGUGCCCCAGGCUUUAUUUUCAUAAUGAAGAUCUUUAUUCUGCUUAGGGAUUAAGACACACUUCUCUAUUUACGUUCAAAGUGUACUUACAUUCAGAUUAGCAUUGCAGAGAAAUCACUGCAGGUUCAUAAUAAAAAAAAGAUUGAUGUACAAAUAUUACUUUUCUUUUGAUACUGGAUAAUACAAUUGAUUUUGCUAGAAAUGCUGUCAUUUACACAGACCAACAGGUUUGGAAGUGUCUUGACUGGUUUGAAUUGCUUAUUUUUUUUAUCAGUCAUACUAGCUGGAUUAUGUAGAAAUGUCUGUUUUCCUAUUCAUCAGUUUUAAUGCCUCCAAUGCCUUUUUAUUUAUGAUGCAUGAUAUUAAAAUGUAGCUUAUCUCUAGAGAAGACUGGCAUUUUAACCGUGGAUUUUUAAAAGUAACAAUGAUGUUUGUUCCUCAUGUUUUAAAAAAAAGUUAUGUAAAAACACAACAUAAAAUCCAUUACUAUUUUGAAAGAAAAAUAGGUUAUAAAAUGUGCAUUUUUCUCUUCUUUGUACAUGCAAUAAUUAGCCUUAAGUGCUAGAUGUGUCUUAGAAGUAUAUACUGAGUUAAAAAAAAUACAAAGCUUAUGCCAUGAUCCAACCAAAGUUAAGCACCUUUUAAAUCCUACUUAUAUUAGUGAUACAUAUAGUAUUUUUUCAUUCACUCCCCAAAAAACAGGCAAACUGCUGCACUGCAAAUGGAAUACUGGCGGAUACGUUUUUCUGGGUUUAAGCUGCAAUCCUACACACUUACCUAUAAGUUAUUUAUUUUGUAUUGAUAUGCAUAGGAUUCUACUAAGUGCCUAAUUUUGGUGUGAUUGUGCCUAUAAAAUUUAUCAACAUUUACUAUAUCAUAUCGACUGAAAACAUAUACAGUACUGUGUUGUUGUUUCUAUGUACUAUGUUUCUUGUUUUGUACUGUCACCACUAGAAGUAUUUAAAAUUUAAAUUUCAUGCGUUCAUAGAUCGGGUAAUAUGUGUUGGAGAUAUUUUAACAAUAGUAUUUAUAUAGUAAAUAUAGAUGUUACAUUUAGCAUUAUCUACUCUGUAUUACAUUCUAAAUAGAUGAUAUGAAGUGAAGCAGGCAUGCCUAUAAAGUGAGAUUCCGAUUGGUAAAAAUAGGUAAUUUGAGUUGUAGAUAAAUCAGUCUUUUGGUUUGCAUCCCAGCUAUUUUUUAAUAGUAAAAUUUUAGGAAGAUCAUUCUUUUAAAAGAGAUGUUUGCUGAUCCGAGGCUUAUAUAGAAAUAAAAUCAGUGAUCAGUUUUGAAAACUGUUUAAGAAACAUCCAUUUAUGUAAUUAAGAAGUAUGUGGAUAUGAAAGUGGCCUUGAGUUCCUGGAUAAAGGACAGGAUAUUCGUCUAAUAAAUAAAUAGGCCUAAAUGGGAGGACAUGUUGACUCAAGAUCAGGCUUACAACAGGCAUGACAUACCUAAGUGCAUUGUUGAGAAUGCAUUUUUUCAUUCACUUGGCCUUAUCCUAUCCUUUCUCACUUAUGUUUGCCAAAUAAGUCAAGAAGUGAAAGGUGUCUUUAGUUCUUGCAUCUCUACUGUACUUUUGAGCCUUUGUGCUUAUAAGAGCUGCAAGCCUGCCAUAUCUAACUGUGAGGCCCAUAGUUACAGAUAGUCCUCAACUUACAACCACAACACAGCCCAAAAUUUAUGUUGCUAAGCGACAAAUUUGUUAAAU